UUGAAUAUUAAAAAAAUUUUUUUCUCGCAACGUGAAAUUGGUUCCCACUGAAAGUGCUAAGUGGUUUUCAGCAGCGGUAAGGAUCACCGAGACGACGUUUUAAAAAAAAUCAGCCAGCAAAAACUUUGCACACGUGAACAAUAUGGCCGACAUGCCCGACCUCUUGAACCAUGUCUCCUUCAACCAGAAGGGGGAAAAUGAUGCACCAAUAGCCACCGGGGCCGAGAAGCCCGGAAUUGCAGCUCCCGAGACGGCGACUACCUCCGGCAAGGGUGAAAAGCCGGAGAUCGAGGCGGAACCGCCUUCGAACACCUAUGUUGAGGGCCUGGAGAAUGACGGGAAAUGCCCCAAGAAAAUCGACGCAGAUCAGCAGGGACUUUCGGCGGUGGGCCGUGAGCUGAAGGAAGAAGCUUCACCCGAAGCUCUUCGCCAAUCCGAGGAGGAACAGAAACAGUCUAAAGCAAAUUCCUUGCUAAAGCGCGAUUCCCAGGAUACGGUAGAUGAUACGUUUGCUCCACAGGCUAAGAAACCAAAGCUUUUCAAAACACAAGACAUGGACCAGGAGAUGUAAAACUAUACUCCAAACCAGGUCAUUACGUCGUCCUGUCACUACGGGGCUGCUGCUCAUCUUGCCAAAGAUGUGGCUCGCUCUCAAACUUAAACUAUGCCUACAGGCCAUCUCUAAACAACGCAACUACUCACGUUACCUCACAAAAACACUACAAUGCGGACAAUUCUAAACGUAAUUCAUUGAAUUAGAUAUUUGUCUUUAAUAUAAAUAAACAUACAUCCUAA